AUGGAGAGGGUCAAGUGCUCUGUCUCUUGGGAGUUCAACCGCACGUGUAGAGCUUCCGAGUUCCGAUGUAACAGCGGCCGGUGCAUCCCGCGGCGAUGGAUGUGCGAUUAUCAGAAGGACUGCGAGGCGGGCGAGGACGAGCAGCAUGAGUGUCCACCGCCCGAAUGUGAAGCAGAGCAGUUUGCGUGCGGAGAGUAUGUCUGGAAUCACACAUACUGCAUCCCAACGCACCAGCGCUGCGACAAGAUUGACGAUUGCAAAGACAAGUCAGACGAGGAGGGAUGCUAUUACCGUACGUGCCUGCCCGAGGACCACACGUGCGGGUCGGGGCUCUGCAUUCCGCCCACCAAGAAAUGUGACGGCUAUUUCGACUGCCGCGAUGAGUCGGAUGAAAAGGGUUGCAACACAACAUCAUGCGCGAAGGACAAGUUUCGCUGCAAUGACAAGUGUAUAGAAAAGAGUCAGAAAUGUGAUCACAACAACGACUGCGGGGACAACUCGGAUGAGGAAGACUGUGAUUAUCCACCGUGCCACGAGGACCAGUUCCGAUGUGCCAACGCGCUCUGCAUCCCGCGCCGGUGGCACUGCGACGGGCACAGUGACUGCCCCGACUCCUCAGAUGAGCAUAACUGCACAGCAAUCGCGUGUCCAGAUUCGAAGUUCCUCUGCGCGAAGGAAAACCGUUGCAUCGAAAAGUCAAAAUUGUGUGAUACACAUCGAGACUGUGAUGACGGGUCAGAUGAAAGAACUGCCUGCUCGGCUGAGUUAUGUCCUUCUUUGGGAUGUGAGUAUGCCUGCCGAGCUUCCCUCGUUGGUGGUGAAUGUUAUUGUCCGACAGGGAAGCAAGUGUCCAAUGACACAAGAACUUGUAUUGAUAAGGAUGAAUGCAAAGAAUGGGGUCAUUGUGAUCAGCAGUGUGUCAAUACAGAUGGCUCUUAUAAGUGCCUCUGUAAUGUGGGUUUCAUUUUACAAGGGGACAACAGAACCUGUAGAGCCAUCACUGUCCCAGAUGAAGAGCACAAGAUGGCUCUAUAUUUCACUCAUCAUGACCAAGUUAUGAAGGUGCAAGACUCACCAGGCAAACACCCAGUGUUGGUAACCAAUGCAACAUCUGCCUGGGGUUUAGAUUAUCACUACAAGAAAAAUCUUCUGUACUGGUCUGAUACUGAAACUAGGAAGGUGUAUUCACAAAAACUCUAUGGAAAAGGCAACUCAGCUGAGACUGCACUAACACUCCCUGGAUCUCUGACUCCCGGGGCCUUGGCUGUGGAUUGGGUUGGGGACAAGCUGUAUGUAGUUGACAUAUUAGGCCAGAAGAUUGAUGUUUUUGAAAUCCUUGGUCGGUUCCAUGCCAUUGUUCUCUCAAGUAACAUCAGUGAACCUCAGGAUAUUGGCUUAGAUCCAACCAAAGGCCUUAUGUUUGUUGCUGAUACUGACCGAAUCAUUCGGGCCAAUAUGGAUGGUACAAAUCUGCAGGUGCUUGUUAAGGAUGUAAUCUACAAAGCCUCGGGAAUUGCAGUUGAUAUCAUUAGUGAGCGUUUGUUUUGGUGUGACUCACUUCUUGACUACAUUGAAACUGUAACUUAUGAUGGAACUGGCAGAACUGCUAUUGUUAGAGGGCCAACACAUGUGCCAGCACCAAACAGAUUAACCUUAUUUGAAAGCAAGAUAUAUUGGACAGACAGUACUCGCCUGGGUGUCAUUCGCAUUGAUAAAUAUAAUGGAGAAUCAUCAAUACAUGAGGUGUAUCGCAAUCCUAACAAGACUCAAGAUCCAAGAGCAAUCAAAGCUGUCCAUGGUUUAAUGCAACCAGGAGUGCCAAAUCCAUGUGGAAGUGAAAAUGGAGGAUGUCAGCACAUGUGUAUAGUUACCCAUGCCACUUCUGGUUUAGGAUAUCGUUGUGCCUGUGAUAUUGGAUACAAACUGAAUCCUGAUGAAAAGAAAUGCUCAUUGGUCACAGAAUUUCUGAUGUAUUCACAACAGAAGUUCAUUAAAGGACAGGUUUUAGACCCAGUCUCUGAAAACUUCAAUGAUGCUAUCAACCCUAUUGUAUCCAGAGCAGCUAGAUUUGUUGGGCUUGACUUUGAUGCUCGUGGUGACUACAUCUAUUAUUCAGAUGUUAGUCUUGAUGUGAUUUACAGGGUCAAAAGGACAGGAACAGGUCGUCAGAAUUUGUUAGCCUCUCAAAAUGAAGGUGUAGAGGGACUGGCACUAGACUGGAUAUCCCAAAAUCUAUACUACAUUGAUAGCAGAAAAGGCACCCUUAAUGUUCUUUCAACUGAGAAACCAGAAAACAGAAAAGUUUUACUCAGUGACUUGAAACGUCCAAGAGCUAUUGUGGUCCAUCCUAACAAAGGAUAUGUAUUUUACUCUGAGUGGGACCGUCCAGCCAAUAUUAGCCGCGCCUUCCUAGAUGGCUCAAACGUUAUGGUCUUCCGAAAUGUACUUCUUGGUUGGCCAAAUGGUCUGUCAAUUGAUUACCAGACAGACCGUAUUUACUGGUGUGAUGCACUUCUUGACCACUUGCAGCAUGCUAAAUUGGAUGGAACUGAUGUGCAGACCAUCAGUUCUGCAAGCAUCAAACACCCAUUCUCACUUGUUAUUUUUAAUGAUUGGUUAUAUGUAACUGACUGGCGCCAUGAUGCAAUUCUUCGAAUGAACAAAACUGAUGGCUCUCAGGAGAAAAUAGUUGCAGAGGUAGCUGAGAGCAAUCGACUGUAUGGAAUUCGUGUCUACAGUCAAAGAGCUCAGAACAUCAGGAAUAACCAUCCGUGUUAUGGUGAUAACCCAUGUGAAAAGUUCUGUUUCCCAGUGCCAGAUGGUGAUACUGAAAACCUUAAAGCUCAGUGUGGCUGUCCAGUGGGAGAAAAGAUGAACAGUGACCAGAAAACUUGUUCAGUAGACCCUGAUGCUGAACCAGCUGACCCAAGAUGUGCUCCUUGGGAUUUUACUUGUUCUAAUGGUCGCUGCAUUCAGAAGACCUGGGUCUGUGAUGGGGAUGAUGAUUGUCUAGAUAAUACAGAUGAAGAGCAAAACUGCACAAAGGUCACUUGUGGAGAAGAUGAAUUUGCCUGUGAAUCAGGGCGCUGUAUCCCAAACACAUUCAAAUGUGAUUCAGACAAUGAUUGUGGCGACUUCUCUGAUGAGACUGGCUGUGUGAAUGUGACCUGUGAAGCCUCAUACUACCAGUGUGACAAUGGACGCUGCAUCCCCAUGAAUUGGAAAUGCGAUUCCGAGAAUGACUGUGGUGAUAGUACAGAUGAAGGAGAUUUUUGUGCCAAUAAAACUUGUUCAUACUUCCAGUUUACAUGCCCAAGUACAGGAGCAUGUAUACCACAAGCAUGGGUCUGUGAUGGUGAUAAUGAUUGCUAUGAUAAUAAAGAUGAAGAAGGGUGCCCUCCUAUAGCAUGUACAGCUGCCCAGUUCAAAUGCAAUAACCUAAAGCAAUGUAUCCAUGAAUCAUACAAGUGUGAUGGAAUCCCAGACUGUGAAGAUGCCUCAGAUGAAUUUGGAUGUCCUACUGUUGGGCCCGAUCAGUGUAAUGAAGAAAGCCAGUUUAGAUGUGUAAAAUCAGGUAUUUGCAUUCCAAAGAGCUGGAAGUGUGAUGGAACAUCUGAUUGUGAAGAUGAAUCUGAUGAACCAGAUACAUGUGGACAGGUAACAUGCCCUAGCAGCCACUUCCAGUGCAAAAAUAGCCGCUGCAUUUUCCAUUCUUGGUUAUGUGACAAGGAAGAUGAUUGUGGGGACGGCUCAGAUGAAGACAAUGUUCUUGCUUGUGGAAAACCAGUAUUCAGGUAUAUAUGUGCUCGUUGGCUCUUCUGGACUGACUGGGGUGAGAACCCUAGGAUUGAAAGGAGCAGUCUUGAUGGCAAGGAAAGAACAAUCAUCAUCAAUAGUAAGAUUUUCUGGCCCAAUGGUCUCACAAUAGACAUACCUACCAGGAGGAUCUACUUUGCUGACUCCAAGUUAGACUAUAUUGAUCUCUGCAACUAUGAUGGCACUGGAAGGCAGCAGGUCCUCGCCCAAAGCCAUUACCUCCUCCAUCCACACUCACUGUCCAUUUUUGAAGAUAAUGUGUAUUGGACAGACAGGCAGCUUAAUCGUGUAUUAUCAGCACACAAGUUCCGUGGAAAUAACGAAUCUGUUGUAUCUCAUCUUGUUUCACAACCCCUUAGUAUACAUGUACACCAUCCAGUUCUACAGCCUGAAGAAAAUAAUCCUUGUGCUUCAAAUCCAUGUGACCACCUCUGUGUUCUGAAGCAUCCUAGUGGCCAUACCUGCUUGUGUCGUCCAGGGUACAAGUUAGCCAGUGAUGGAAAGUGUAACCAGGAGGAAACUCCUUACCUUAUGGUAAUGAAAGGAAGCCAGAUUGUAGAUGUUGCGCUAACACCAGGAGAGAAAGGUGCAGCCGGCUUCCUGACUCCCAUUGUGGGAGUGGAACAUGGUCUUCAGCUUGAUUAUGAUCGUAAUGGGGAUCGUAUAUUCUGGAUCGAAGCUGUUGAAGAAGACAGUGAAAAUGGUACCAUAUACACAAUGGAGAUAGGUGGUGGCAAUCGUUCGACCUACCUAGAUUUUGGAAUUGUUGGUUCACCUUAUACAAUGGCAUGGGAUUGGGUUGGCCGUAACAUGUAUAUUGGAAAUCGUGUGGCUAACAACAUUGAGGUCUUGAAGUUAGAUGGCAAGAUUAAAUACCAGAGUGUCAUUUUAGAUAACAAUGGCAAUGCCACAGGUAUUGGAAGGCCCAAGUCCAUGUGUCUGGAUCCUGUUGAUGGGUUCUUGUACUGGCUUGAUGAUGGUGGUACUGGAGUUCCAGCAAAGGUUGGCAAAGUCAGCAUGGAUGGUUCAGAUCCAGUUAUCCUUUACAAUUUCACAAAUAUCCGACCAGAGUAUAUCACAAUUGAUAUUGAAGCCAAGAGCUUGUACUGGUCAACAAGUAAUGAAGCUAAGAUCAUGACAAGUGAUGUUUAUGGUAGUAACAUUAGAGAAAUCCUGACUGAGGCAAAUCACAUUGCUCUACCAAAGGCUUUAGCUGUAUAUGAGAGCAGACUCUAUUAUCUUGAUUCAUCCUAUGAGAAGGUGGAGCGUGUUGAUCUUCCUGAUGGCCUAAACCCAGAGACGCUGCUGGAAAACGAAAGUGAUCUGAAGUCCCUUAAGGUCUUCCAGAAGCGGCCAGUCAUCAACUCGCAUCCUUGUAUGGUGGGCAAUGGUGGAUGUGAGCAUAUCUGCAUUCCAAAGAUCAACAAGCAGCGAACCUGUAGAUGCACCACAGGAUACAAAGCUGAUGGAGAAAAGGGUUGCAAACCAUAUGACAAAUUUGCCAUAGUAUCACAGUUAGACAUUGUCAGAGGCUUCAGUCUUGAUGGUGCAGGAGAGGCUAUGGCACCCAUUGCUGAACCUGGUCACAAUGUCCUGCAUGUGGAUUAUCAUUAUUCCAAGAACUACAUAUAUUGGAUUGAGUUUAAUCAAGGAGGCUCUAAUGGAAUUUAUAGAUCAAGACCAAAUGGCACAGAGAAGGAAGGAGUUGUCACUGCUGGCAUUGGGUCAAAUGGAAUCAGGGGUAUUGCAAUUGAUUGGAUUGCUAAUAAUCUUUACUUCACCAAUGUGUUCCCGCAUGAGACAUAUGUAGAAGUAUCUUGGUUGGAUGGUACCAACAGAAUGGUGCUUAAGAGUGUCACUAAGGACUCCCCAAGACAGUUGGCUGUCAAUCCAAUUAAAAGGUACAUCUACUGGAUUGAUUAUGGACAGUUCCCUAUGAUUGGAAAGGCAUAUCUUGAUGGUACGAAUUGGCAGCCAAUUGUAACUAGUGGAGUGAGUAAUCCAAGGGAUAUUACUGUGGAUAUGUUCACACAUGAUGUGUACUGGGUGGAUUCAGCACUUGAUUCCAUUAAUAAGGUUAGCUUCAGUGGUGGAAACCGUCAGUUCAUUAGAAGGAAGCUGCCUAAUCCUAUGGGUCUUGCUUUGAAUAAUAACUUUGUUUAUUGGAUUGAUCGAAAUCUCAAUACUAUCUUUCGAGCUUCAAAAUAUCCAGGAAAUACUACGCAAGCAGAACGUUUUAAGACAAAUAUGGAAAAUCUAAGAGACAUAGCUAUUUUUGAUUCUACCAAUCAGCCUUCAAAGGCUGAUACCCCAUGUACAAGACUUGGCAAUGGUGGAUGUGCCCAGCUGUGCUUCUCAUUCCCUGUGGAUCAUCCAAAACAAUUAACCUUCAGGUGUGACUGUGCAUCUGGAGUUUUAGCAGAGAAUAAGAGAGACUGCGAAGAUUCAAAAGAAUAUCUAGUCUUUGCAACACGAACUGAAAUCCGAAGUUUAUCACUAACUCCCAAGAGUAAUACUGUACCAUUUGAUGCAGUUAAGGGUUUGACUAAUGUAGUAGGAGUUGAUUUUGAUUACAAAGACAAGAAACUAUUAUUUACACAAAUCAGACCAGACACAAAGAUUGCUACCAUGUCUAGCUUAUCACCUUCUGUGGAUGAUAUCAAGCCGAUCUUACAAUUUGGAAUAAAUCCUGAAGGCAUUGCAUAUGAUUGGACAUCAGAGAAAAUCUACUGGACAGACUCUGCAAACAACAGUAUUUAUGCAAUGAACAUAGAUGGAACGCAUGUGGUUAUGAUUAUACAAGUUGAGCGACCACGAGCUCUUGUCUUGGAUCCAUGCAGAGGACAUAUGUACUUCACUGACUGGGGAAGGUUUGGCACUUCGGGCAAGAUCUAUCGUGCAACCAUGGCUGGGUCAUUUAGGCAAGUCAUCAUAGGAAAUGACCUAUCUCAACCCAGUGGUUUGACCAUUGACUAUGAAGAAGAAAUGCUGUACUGGACAGAUGCUGUAAGAGAGAAUAUUGAAAGGUCAUAUCUGAAUGGAACUAAUAGAGAGGUCAUUAUCUCUGCCACGAUAUAUCCAUUUGCCAUUACUGUCCAUAAAAAUUUCAUUUAUUGGACUGACCUUCAACUUAGAGGAGUUUUUAGGGCAGAAAAAUACACAGGUGGUGACAUGGUAGAGAUGGUUCGUAGGUUGGAAGAAUCACCAAGGGACAUUCAUGUGUUUUCUGAUGAACGACAGAAAUGCAACAUUAACCUUUGUGAAAUAAACAAUGGUGGAUGUGCACAAUCUUGUCACCCAGUUCCUGACAAUAAGGUUGAGUGCAAAUGUAAUGCUACUUUGAAGCUUGUAAAUGAGAACAAGAUGUGUGUCCCAAAGAAUUACAGUUGUGAUGCAAACAGAUUUUACUGUGCCAAUGGAAAAUGCAUAUCACGAUUGUGGGCUUGUGAUGGGUCUGAUGACUGUGGUGAUAAUUCAGAUGAAGACAGGAACUAUUGUACAUACCAUACAUGCAGCCCAAGUGAGUUCCGCUGCAAGAAUGGACGUUGCAUUUUCUCAACAUGGAAGUGUGAUCAUGAAGAUGACUGUGGUGAUGGUUCAGAUGAAGAAGGUUGUGAAUAUCCCCCAUGUGCUGAUGGAGAGUUUACAUGUGCAAAUCACAGAUGCAUACCACAGUCACAGGUUUGUAAUGGUGUAAAUGACUGUAAGGAUAAACACACCUCUGAUGAAAAUGUUGAACUUUGCCCUGAGGUGACCUGCCCACCAAACCACCUCAAAUGUGAAAACACAACUAUAUGUGUGGAACCAUAUUGGUUGUGCGAUGGUGAUAAUGACUGUGGGGACAAUUCUGAUGAGAACUCUCUUCACUGUUCUGAACGUUCAUGUCCACCUAAUAGCUUUAGGUGUCCAAACCACAGAUGCAUCCCGGGGACUUGGCACUGUGAUGGUGAUGAUGAUUGUGGCGAUGGUGCUGAUGAACCGGAAGAGUAUUGUGAACAAGAGGGAAGGACAUGCUUUGG